AUGGGAUCCUCGUCUAAGAGAAAGCGCGAUCAAGCCGAAGAGUCGGUUCCUGCCGAAACGCCCGCGACUACCGAGGUUGAAAAGUCUACAGAGCCUGCGCAAAAACAAGAGGAAGAGACUUCCUUCGUCGAUCUCGGCCUCGACCCCAGGCUGCUACAAGCCAUCGCCCAGCAGAAAUUCGCGAAGCCAACUCUUGUGCAGCGCAAGGCGAUUCCUUUAGCUCUCAAUGGACAGGAUGUUCUUGCAAAGGCAGACUGUGGCUCUGGAAAGACUGCCGCAUAUGUUCUUCCUUUGCUUUCAAGCAUCCUGAAGCGCAAAGCUACUGACUCUACAGCUUUCACUACUGGCCUUAUCCUCGUUCCCACCCGCGAGCUUGCCGACCAGGUCUCCAAGGCCAUCGAACAAUUUGCUUCGUUCUGCGCAAAGGACAUCAGCACCGUAAAGUUAACCGACAAGGUCUCCAAUGCCGUCCAGCGCGCCCUUCUCUCCAACUCCCCCGACAUCGUCAUCUCGACCCCCGCGACUGCCUGGCACAAUAUUAACUCCUCCGCUCUCUCAAUUGACAAACUCACACACCUAAUUCUCGACGAGGCGGAUCUUGUUCUUUCCUACGGCUACAGCGAAGACUUGGAGAACUUGUCGCGAUCAGUUCCCAAGGGUGUUCAGGUUAUGAUGAUGAGUGCAACUCUUACCGACGAGGUCGAUACGCUCAAGGGAAUCUUCCGCCGUGACCCUACCUUGUUGGAUCUGAAGGAGAAGGAGGCUGAAGGCGAGGGUAUCACUCAGUUUGUCGCCAAGUGUGGUGAGGACGAGAAGUUCCUGCUUGCCUACGUCAUCUUCAAGCUCAAGUUGAUCAAGGGCAAGUGUAUUAUCUUCGUUAGCGACAUUGACCGAUGCUACCGUCUCAAGCUCUUCUUCGAGCAGUUUGGUAUUCGAAGCUGUAUUCUGAACUCGGAGCUUCCCCUGAACUCGCGAGUCCACGUCGUUGAGGAGUUCAACCGUCAUGUGUACGACAUCAUUAUCGCCGCUGAUGAGAAGAACGAGAUGCUCGGUGACGAGGAAGAGCCUGCUGAGACUGGUGAUGCCGAGGACGACACCAAGAAGCAGAACAACGAGGGUGAAGAUGAGGAGACGGAAGCAAAGCGACCAAAGAAGAAGGCUAAGAAGUCCAAGGGCGGCGAUAAGGAAUAUGGAGUAUCAAGAGGUGUCGACUUCAAGAAGGUUUCCGCAGUUAUCAACUUCGAUCUUCCCACCACAGCAUCUGCCUACACACAUAGAAUAGGACGAACAGCACGAGCUGGCCAGACUGGUAUGGCUCUGUCAUUCGUGGUUCCCAAGGAUCUAUACCGAAAGCACAUGCCCACAUCUACCCCUGCUUGUGAGAAUGACGAGAAGGUCAUGGCUAGAAUCGUCAGGCAGCAGGCUAAGCGCGGUAAGGAGGUGAAGCCAUACAACUUCAACAUGAAGCAGGUGGAUCCCUUCCGAUACCGUAUGAACGAUGCCCUGCGUGCCGUCACCAAGGUUGCCAUUCGAGAAGCCCGAACACGAGAACUGCGACAAGAACUGUUGAAGAGUGAGAAGCUCAAGCGAUACUUUGAGGAGAACCCUACUGAACUUACUCACCUUCGUCACGACGGUGAACUCCGAACUGCCAGACAGCAAGCUCACUUGAAACAUAUUCCCGAGUACCUCCUGCCCAAGGAUGGCAAGCAGGCUCUGACAGGAGACAUUGGUUUCGUCGCGAUGCGAAAAGAUAAGAAGGGCAAGGGUAAAAAGGGACGAGGAUUCAAGGUCGGCUCAAGGAAGCGAGAUCCCCUCAAGACCUUCAAGGCGAGGCGCAAGACAAAAUAG